CUGGUCAAGCAAUUAUAUCCACAAAUUUAACUAGAGCAACAGCCAUUACAUGGUUUUAACUACGCAAAACUCCUGAAGUUCCUUAACCAAGACUGUUUUUCUCAAGUGUUAGUAGCAUCAACAAUGUCAUCAGCUGUGGUUGCAGGCACCUCCUCUUCUUGCGCUGCUACUUUCAGCAGAAACCACUCCAUCAAAACCUCUCCAACCACAUCGACAAAACCAUUAAUAUCAUCUCAAUGCCAGAAAACUACCUUUCAAGGCUUAUCACUUCAAGAUGCCAGAGGGGCUUCCUCAGAAAUCUUUCUAGCUGAGAAAAAGAAAAGUUUCAGCAAUGCAAGAAGAGGGCUGCAGAUCACUGCAAGGACAACGGGGGCUUCAAAGACUAUUGAGGUUGAAGUUGACAAACCACUUGGCCUUACUUUGGGUCAAAAGAGUGGUGGUGGCGUGGUCAUUACAGCUGUAGAUGGAGGUGGGAAUGCAGCUAAAGCAGGACUAAAAUCAGGGGAUCAGGUGCUCUACACUAGCAGCUUCUUUGGGGAUGAACUUUGGCCUGCUGAUAAGUUGGGAUUUACUAAAACUGCAAUCCAAGCAAAACCUGAGUCUGUCUACUUUGUUGUUAGCAGAGGAGCAGAAGUAGAUGUUAAAAAACUAACAAAACGGCCAGCUCCUCCUCGUUUUGGAAGAAAGUUGACUGAUACUCAAAAGGCCAGAGCUACUCACAUAUGCCUUGACUGUGGAUACAUAUACACCGCACAGAAAUCUUUUGAUGAACAGCCGGAUACAUAUGUAUGCCCUCAAUGCAGAGCACCCAAAAAGAGGUUUGCCAAAUACGAUGUGAAUACAGGGAAAGCAAUCGGAGGCGGUUUGCCUCCGAUCGGAGUCAUUAUAGGGCUGGUGGCUGGUGUUGGUGCAAUUGGCGCAUUGCUGGUUUAUGGUCUUCAAUGAGGCAGUUGAUUAUUAACCUUAAACAAAUUUUACUUGCCACCCGUCUUUUUCUCUUUUCCAAAUUUGAUUCUGAGUCCUUAGUUGGUUUUACAGAUGCUAUGCUCCCUGACACUGCCAGAACUCAUUCGUGAUUCUGGGAUGUUUUGGUGCUGUCUAAAUUGUAAGUGUAAAUUUGGAGAUGUGAUUACUGCAACUGAAGAAACAAUGUCAGAAUGGCCUGUUACAUGACUGUUUUCAAUAAAUUAGAGGAUAGAUGAUGAUUCAGCCUCUCAAA